GUCCUUUCAGCCUUUUGGGGUAAUUAGUUACACCGGUCAAAAUGGCUGUGGUAGUAAAAGUACAGACGGUUUUACAAUUUUAGUCAAUUGGAGCUAUUACGGACUUCAUUUUAAGAAUUGGGGUAAUUAGUGUCACCGAUCAAAAUGGCUGUGAGAAGUGAAAGAUUAGAAGCUUUUAGAAUUUUCAGUCAUUUGGCGGUAUAACGGACUGCAGUUUAUGAAUUGGGAGUCACCAUAUUUCACACAAAGACUCGCCAUGAGAGGAAUGGAGGGGGCGAUACAAUGAAAUUCGUGUGUCUUUCAGAUGUGACCUUAAAAUGGAGGUCACAUGUACCGGUAAAAUAAAGGCUGAAUAACGUGUUUUUACAAGAAAUGAAUGCAUUUUUUGAAAAUUCAUCAAAAUGUUACUUAUGCAAAUAUGUAAAUUAUGGAUUUAAGUUACAGUUGUAUUUAACAAAAGCAAUUCCAAAUACAUAUUUAUAAUAUAUCAGUAUGUCAUCACAUAGCUUAGAGGUUGAACAAGGUAGAUAUUAUCAUGUUUCAAGAAAUGAGAGAAUUUGUAAAAUGUGUUCAAAAGCAGAAAUAGAAGAUGCUUUUCACUUUUUGCUAGUAUGUCCAUUUUAUGAUAAUUUCAGAAAAAAUUAUAUAAAAAAAUAUCAUUUAAACAAAAACCUACUUACAAACUAGUUCAGUUGUUAUCAACAGAAAAUGUCACAGAAUUAUGUUUAUAUUUAUAUUUAUAUAAAUGUUCAAAUAUAAGAACUCAAAUACAUACAUAAUGCUGAUGUUAUCCUCAUUUUUUUUUUUUACUAUAUCAUAUUUCAUAUUUAUUAUGUUACAAACUAUACUUACUAUCUCACAGACAUCAACUAUCUAAAUAUACAUUGAAUGAAUUGUGUCCAUUUACCUAUCCUGCAUUAUAUUAACUUUAUGUAUAACUUUUGUAUAUAUUUAUGUUUAUUUAUUCUAAGUAAAAAAGUUAACUGUAUGGUUCUUGGUAAUAAACAAUACAAUACUGCGUCCUAAGCACCAUGCAUAGGAUAAAAUUUAUUUCUCAUCACAGAACGCGGAGGUCUCUUCAUGGGCGAAGAUUGUUCGAAUGGGACGUCAAACAACAUACAAACAAACGAAACGAAUGGGACGUCAAACAACAUACAAACAAACGAAACGAAUGGGACAAAAACUACUGACCCAGGGGUUCUUGAUAGAGGCCUUAAUGCUCAUUAUAAAUAUGCAUCCUGUUGUGUGCUAGAUAUUCAUAGUUAUAGGAGAUAUUUAAACAUUAAUACUAAUUUCACAAUUUUGGUAGACCUUCAGGUUCAGUAUAGUUACACACAAAGUUUGUUUCCUAGAUGUUCAGGAAUAUAGAACAUUUGAUGCAUUUUCACUAUAUGAUCCACAUACCAUUAGUCCCAUCUUGAAGUGCGAUUCCCUGACUCAUGAAUUUCACAGUCUUCGUGUGCAAUAUAAGUAGGCACCUAGUUUGUUUCCUAACUGUUAAGAAGCAAAGAAGAAACAUUCGAAAUCCAGCCAUGGGCCCAAACCCCUAACCUAGGAUCCAUGAAUAUCACAAUAAUUCAAUUUUGAUAGAAGCUUUCAUGUUCAGUACAGGGUAUAACUAUGCUCCCAGAUGCCGAGGAAUAAAGCAAAGCUAGACGGGUUUUUUUUUCAAAAAGGUAAUUGAUUUGUAUUUUUAAACAUUAUUUGGGGUCACUUCACAGGGGCGUAACGUGACACUCCGUGCUGUCGAAAGUUCAGUCAUCCAUACAUUUGAAAGUCCAGCUUUAAGUGGUUAUGUCUAACGAUUAUCAAAAUUGAUGUUACGGUUUAUAAGCUGCCAUAACCCUGUGGCAAAAAAUCGUCGAACAACGUUAGAUAUCGAAAGAAACGUCGCGUCAAGGUUUCUUUUUUUUCCCUUUCUUUUCUUUCACUUAAUAUCUCUUCCAAACCAGAGAUUUUAUUUCAUUGUGUGUCAGUUGUAGAGUUGAGAAACUUUUAAGCUGACUUAUGUGUGUGUGAAUAUCAGCAAUAAAGAUGUGUGGAGGCCCAUCCAUUAUUUUAAAUGAUGAGUGAUGCAUGUCUCGCAACCAUAUCAACACCAGCGUAUUUUAUCUGUCUUAGACGAGUGUUACUUCUUCAUUACAUUCCGUCCAACGUGUACAUUCUGUAAAACAGCUUGCUCGGAGUAAAGAAAAACCUUGGCCAGUAAUAACCCCAGCCAUUUCCAUGUUCCAAAUAUAUCGCUAAUCAUCUUCUCCUGACGUUGAGCCAAAACGAGGCGAUUGGAAAAUGAAGAUUCCGAUUUUCUCGGGAAACCGUCUUUAGUGGUGUCUGUGUUUUUCGUGAAAGGGUUGAAUAAAACCGAUCAAUUACGGACUUGACCAGUCCAAACGGACGGACCUCAUUUGGCCAGGAAUCAGCAUUAUUAGAUUAUCAUAGUUUCAGUUUUUAAAAAAUGAAGAUGCUGUGUAUUGGAUGAAGUGAAAAAUGAACUCGAGGAUGUUCGGGUAGACAGUUGAAGAUGAUAAAUAUGAACACACAGAAAAGGGUUUCUUUUGGGAGCAAUGGGUCUAUGGUAGAAACAUGGAUCAUUGAAGAUUUUUCUGAACAUCAAACAGAUCCUAAAGAUUACUUCUUCAAGAAUUUAGUAAAUACCGCAAACAUCAAGGAACCCUUAGAGAAAUCCCAGGAGUCUGUUCGUUUAUGUGACCUUGACGAUAUUGUCGGCGAUGUACCGAUCAAACCAUUAUCACAGCCAAGCCAUGACAAGGCCCGGAACAAGGCCGACAGUAAAGUGACUUUCUGUGAUACUCCCAAUGAAAUAACUUCUACGCCACCAGCACUGCCUAGCGCUCCCAGUCCUACAGGGACCAGCGAAAUCGUUGUCCUCUCAGACACACCCCUAGGAAUCUGGCCCGUCAAACGGUCGGCCAGCUUAGAGAGCAGAGACAACCCUUUCAAACCAGAUGGUGAAUUGUCUAAAGAGGCCGAGGACAUUUUAAAACGAGCUACAAUAAUUCGUGAUACGUUUAUUCUGAACGAUAACAAAGGUAAAGACACCUCCAGAUCAAGCGGAGACAAUUCUAAUGGUGGACAGACUUUACAGCCGGUUCAGGAGGAAAGUAUAUCUCAAACUAAAGUGAAAGACUCUCAGUCUUCACCCGUCAGUAUUCAACCAAAGCAAAAUGGAGUAGAGGACAAGGUCGUAUCGCCAGAUUCUGCAAGAGUCGAGGUAGAACCCAACGCAGUAAACGAUUUUAAUUUCAAGGACAAGAAAAAACAAAAGAAGUGCUGCAGUGUUAUGUAGCACACGGAGUGUCUUAGUGUUUGUUUUCUAUAAUGGGAAUAUAGUGCAAUGAAAAGUCAUGAACACUUCCGAGUGUCGUCCAUAAUUCAGUCGUGCAGGCCAUGUAACAGUACUUAUCAUUGGAUGUCGCCCUUGUAACGAAAAAUAUCAUUGGUUAUUGCCAUUUUGAGCAUUCAAUUUGUUGCUUCCUGUGUGUUUGGAGAUUUGUAAGCAGACGACUUCAUCGUAACGAAUGUGUGGUUGUCGGUAGACAGAUUCUGGGAUGGAUUAGUCGCCAAUCUCCUAUAACAUGAAAUCCACUUUGACGAGUACUAAUUUUUUUGAAUUCCUUUAAUAUACGAUUCAGUUUCAUGGUGAAUUGAAAUGCUAUACAAUGGUCUGUGAAGAGAAAUGCAAAUGAAAAAUCAAAGGCGUAGAGUCAGUCUGGAGUAUAAAUUAUUAUUUCAUUAAAGAUAUAUUUUUGUCAUUUGUUAUUUUGAUGUAAUAUAUUUGUGCAAGUUACGGAAUACACUGCUUCCUGUUGAAA